AAAUAAGUGCUGCUUUUCCAACGGGCAGCGGGAAGGAUGCGUUUCGCAUAGGUCUUUCUACACUCGAUUUGGAUUUUAUGUUGAUAGAGUCGAGGUUCGUAUGCGCAGUUCGUUCGAUUCACAUGUGGACUCAAGUUUUUAUUGGCACUCAGGAGGACAUCAGAGUAUACGUGAAGCGAGUUCGAAUCAUGUAGACAAGACAUGCCCUCCACUUCGAGCAGCGACGUGCUUGGCGUCCACCCGACGUCUUCGAUGAAGGAGAGCGUGGGCGCUGUACAGGAAUGCAUCAUCUGCUUCGACGAUAUCGAGUGUGUUGCCAACCUUCCCUGUCAAUGUCGCAUUCCUUACUGUGUAAAGUGCUGGGAUCGCUGUCUUGCCACACAGUUGACAACUGUCCGCUACGCGUCAUGUCCCACGUGCCGAAGCCUUGUCCGCGUCGACGUUCGACCCAAGGUCUGUAUCGACAUGGUUAAAGGCCCAUUCUGCAUCAGCGAAACCUUUACAUCAACAGCAGCACUUUCAAGAAUGCAGAAAGGCCAACCAAGCAGAGGAACGUCAUCUUCGACGAUGAAAGGAGCGGGAAGUAGGGAUGAAGAAAAAGUGGACGAGGAUCAUGUUGCAAGAAGGUCCGCGACAGGUGGCGGCUGCGGACAAGAAGAGAAGGACGAGGAGUCACUAGAGUAUCAUAUCAAAGAGGAGAACGAUUGGAAGGUCAAAAAGGAGCAAGCGCUUCUUGCAUGGAGGGCAUUCGAGAGACAACGACUCCAUGCUGCUGGCAAAGGGACGCUGAGCCACGACGAUUUGUACUCUUUUGACUUUUCACUAGAGACUCGUGGAAAGAUUUUCCUCCGAACAAACUUUUGCGAGGAAAUCGAUCGUUUGGGCUCUCAAGUUCGUCCGGUCCAGAUAUACCUCCUCUAUGCAACAGCACUGCAUAACUACCGAGCUACUCGGGGAGCAUACAAGCGCGAUCAAAGGCAAAGGCUUGGGUAUAGUAAACAGAAAUGCACGAUUACUCGUGCAGUCGCGUCAACAGUGGGAGCGAAGAUACCAGCGAGCGACAAUACAAGUUUUCCGAGCAAGGUGAUGGGCGAGGACACAUCUGCUGGCGGUGAAGAUGAAAUGGACGCGCCAAACACCACAGGCGGCGUCGCGCAAAGUGAGCAAAUAGAUUCUUGCGAAGACAGCCCAAGCUUGGCACACGAAGACGAUUUGGAGCAAGCGGCGCAUGUGCACUACCGCAGAUUGUUCUUAAAGAGAACUGCUGGAAGAGAUUUGACACCUCCACAGAGCUUCGAUGCCUUAGCUAUGAGCCCGGAACUCGUAUCUCUUGGGCAGCGGGCGAAGCGUGCUCGUUUACCCGAAGAUGAUCCCCGUGUUGGAGCUUGGUACGAUAGCUUUGCCGAUGAAAACAGCACGACCGGACUGCGAACUAAAGUUUCCAAAAUCGAUCAUGAUCAACAUGUCCACACUGUCAAGGCACCAGUCGAGUCGCGUACAAGCGCCUCGUUUACUGCUUUGAGGAAGGAUUCACCAGCAACGAAAUUUCGUCCCUCUUCGAGAGCAUCCGCUGGUGUUGCGUCUACCGAGAUGAACGGGGUCUCGUCAAGAUCUCCAAUGAAUGACGUAGGAGCCCACCGGGCUACAGAUGUAGCUCGAGCUGUGCAGAACCACGUCGAGGAAGACCCAGAAGAUGAUGUCUACCGAGACGCACCGCCGUGCUUCUGGGCACCUGCGUGCCAGCUAGAUAGUGAUUACCUCACAUCUUCAUCUGAAGACGAAGAUUCUCAAGAUGAAAAGCGGAAGAGUUCGAAAAUGGCACGAAAGAAAGACCAGUCAUGGUCUUUUCCAGCUACUGACCUCGUGCGCUUCCGCUUGUGUCUUUCCGAGUUGGUCUUCGCUAUGUGGCGCAUUUUUCCUUGCAGCGCUGUAGCGAACAUGUGGCGCGCACUCUGGUCUCUUCCGAAUUUGAAGCUGGAAUUGCGGAAGGACACAACUCUGCAGGCCACAGCGCGCGCAAUUUUGCGAGAAAUACAUGAGAUGCACAAAGUGCUUGCAGAUUCCAGGGCUGCUGCUGCCAGUGGUGUCUUGAACGCAGGUUUCCUCGGGGUAGCCUCGUGGGAGUGCCUGCGGGCCGCACGCGGCUCACCAUGGCGUUAUCGCUGGUGGGGAGAGCCGCGAUCGCCGAGAGCGUCCACACGCAAACUUCGUUCCUCAAUCGUUGCUCCCGUACUGAAUCUUGAAGCAGCUCUCCGUGAACCGGCCAUCCCGUAUACUUGUUUCAAUGAUCAUGUCGAAGGUAUUCCGAGCUGCACUUCCUCGUCCUUAAAACGACCUUACGUAAGAGGAAAAGGUGCGCCGAAAGUUGAUGUGUCAUCAACAUCGUCAACGUCUCAGCUAUUUGUAUUUCCCUCCAAGAAGGAUAAAAUUGACGUUGAAGUGACAAAUUCUUGGAGCGGCAACAGCCUAGCUGCAUCAGAGGGCAAGAUGAAAGUCGACGUUAGCGUAUCGGAAAAUAUCUCUACGGCAAUUGCGGGUGCCACUUCUUGUUCAAGCUCCGACGACGUGGAAAGGGCCAUUAACGAAACCCCUGGCGCGGGUCCGCGAAGUUUGGAAGGACAACACAAUUUCUACCCACUUGCAAAACGCAUACGUCCCGAUGAUGAAAAUAAUGCAGACGCCCCACGUGAGCCCAGAUUUCCUGCGAAUCUACCUGGCCAUGGGUCUGGAGGUGGCGAUGCACUCUGUCUUGCGAUAAAAGACGAAGUCGACUGUGACGAGGAGCUUCAGCCUGUCCAAUUUCGCUGCGUAUGCGGAAGCACACUCGAGAGAACGACUUUGCGCGACCGCUGCUCUGGAUUCGACACAUUCUCCGGAUUGGAAUGUGAUCUCUGCGAUUUUUCCAUCCCGCGGUCCCUCGACACACCUGUCUGGAGUUGUACGCGCCGGGGGGGCGACCAGACCAUGCUGCACGCCACGUGCUACGACAUUUGCGAGAGUUGUUUUCGCUUUUACACUUCGCAAGAAUUCCGCGUCCUCGCUGCGCGUGGCUGUCUCCUGACGACGCCGGUGAAGAAAGACUUGACCGAUUUUCUGUUGGAUACUUGUCGAGAGCGAGAGCGGGAAGACGAAGAGCGCGCACAGAGGAGGAUCAGAGCCAGGAAAGCCGACGAAGAAGCAAAGCGAAAGAGGGAGGAAGCAGAGCAACAACGAAAAGAGCGGGAAGAGCAGGGACGUAGCAGGUCACUCUCCGAGUCCAUCUUCGAUGUCGUGUCUCAAUUCUGGCCAGCCGGCUAUCAGCUGCGCGAUUUCUCAGCGAGCUCUCAAUCACAGCAGAACAGCACAUCAAAUGCUCUCGGCGCAGAUGCGAAUACUACAGCUUCAGGCUCCCCUUUGUCUGUCUCCUCAUCUCUCAAUGGGAAUAGUGUCAACGCGCAGGAGCGCGGAGCUCUUUCGUCCUCAGCGUCCAGUUGCCAUGCAGCGGAUGGCGGCCUUAGCGCGCCAGCGAAACCUGCGCCCGUCCGCCUGGGUGCUGUUGAGUCUGCAGCGUCAGCUUUACACUUGAUAGCCCCGACUGAGGAACUUCGCGUCCUCUCAGCUUUUGGAGAAGAAUUCUCUUCCUCAGAUCCACAGGAGAGACCUUCGGCAUCAUUGAAUGUUGCUUCGUCAUCGUCCCCCGUAGGAGCCCCCGAUGCAGGUGGACAACCCACUGCUACUUUCAUCGGGAACAGCGUUGCGGGCGGAAACAGCGCGGCGAGCGUCUCGUCAGCGUCAGCAGCCAACGCGCAACUAGAGCAAGUGUCCGCCACUGCUUCUGACGCAGCCGUUGUGCGCGCGGCUGUGAUCCUUGGAGACGAGGAGGAGGAGGACGACGACGAGACUGAGCUACCUAAUUGGGAACGGAGAGUGCGCAUGUCCGCGACAGACCAUUUGCAAAACUUGCUUCACAAAGUAUUUCAGCCCGUUCCUGUCACUGAGCGCGGCAACAGCUGUUGCAUCGACCCCCUAGUCAAGAAUGGUGUUUCACCUGUGCCGAACAAGCGCAGGCGCCGGCGAUUGAGCUUCGAGCGCCAUCACUCCGUACCUAUGUCGUUAGAGGACCGCGUCCGCGCCUUCCAGGCCAUAGCGCGACGGGCGGCCGCGAGAAAUGGCGUGAUGUCUCCUCCGCCCCGCGGCGGCGAAGCAACAGCAGGGACGGCAAAUGGAACGGGCUCUAGCUCUACAGCGAACAAUCACGCUGCGUCAACAGUAAACAAUGAUGGGCGAAAUGGUACUUCUUCAUCAAGUUCUACCUCGUCAUCGUCUAGUACUGGCAAUGCUGCAACAGGUUCUGCCCCAACUUCGUGGUCAGCAGGUGGCACAACGCUGGGUGGUUCGUCUGCUGGCUCUUCUUCCACCGCGAUUAGGAACUCCACAGGAUAUUUUCCAGGCGCUGCCAACUUGACAACUACGGGCGCCGCUGGAGCUAGGUCAACAACUGGGGCUGGAUCACCGUCAGCUUCGGCGCAACCUCCUGCUGGCUCUCCGGACAGCCUUGGCGACGCUGUACAACUCGAUUACGACUCGGAUGAGGUGCCGAACGACGUACUUGAUCGUUUUUUUGAAACCUACGCUUCGUUCGACUCCGACGACGAGGGCAUGUCUGUGUCUGAUGAGUAUGACGACUUCGAAUUCGAAGAAACAGAAUCAAAUGAAGUGGAAUUAUCGGUAGAAUCAUUCGGAUUGGAAUCGGAGGAAGAAGGCGGCGUUACUCCAGAACAAGGAGGCCUAUAGUCGAAAGAUUUUGCUUCGGUCUUGUAGAAGAUCCAAUGAGUAGGUUCUUCUUUGGCGCGCCCGCGUGAGGGUGCAGUGUCCACGAGGAAGUCUGUCUCUUUUAUACUUACGUAAUACUUACUAUUACGAAACACGCAUCCGCUAGACAAAGAGACAAACGCUGCAGCGUGUAAACUGUCUCGCCAUCAACAGACAGAGCUACGAGAUUUCACUCAGAACCAACGGCCAACCACCAACAUGUCGCUCUCACUUUGACACCCUAUCUACUGUUCCUUGACUUCGAUCAACUUCAACGGCAAAUAAGCGAUUUUUACCAGUCAGACAUUAGUAGAGCAGCUCUACCC